CAAUAGUUGAGUUAAAUAAAACUACCCAGCACAUUGGACAAACAUUUAACCCAACUGCUGGGUUAAAAGAACCCAAUCACUGGGUUUGUCAAUUUCCAACCCAACUUGGCUUGUUUUUAACCCAGCAUUUUUAAAAGUGUAAUAAAAACACUCUGUUCUGUCAAAAACUAUUCUGUGCUUUUAUUCCAUGAAAAUGCUUAAUGGCACAUUAAAACAUAAAAGGCUCAUCCUUUGACCAAUAUUGUACUGCUCAUUGAUUUAAUUUAAUGUUCAUAUUUAAUGUUGAUGAUAACUGUCAAGGCUGUAAGGAUGAAACGGACGUUGAAGCAGCAGUAGAAUGUUGAACUGCAACUAUGAUGUCACAAACAUUCUAGAAUUCUCUUGAGCGUUUUGCAGAUUUCACUGAAACAUGAGAUGAAUCAGAGUUUGAUCAGUUUGAGUUGAGGUUAAAUUUGAGCUAGAGAACAUGAAGCAAGAGUUAAUUACCGCAGCUUUUAACUUCUUUGACGAAGCUCAGUUACAUGGAGAACUCACAGACGUGAUCAUCAAAGUUCACGGCAAAGAGUUUGAAGCUCACAAGAUCAUCAUGUGUGCCUGCAGCCCUUAUUUUAGGAUGCUUUUCUCCACAUCAAUCAACCCGGAAAACAAACAUUCCUAUGAUAUUCCAGGAGUCUCCUCAGAUAUCAUGUCUCUUCUUAUUCAGUAUGCUUAUGGAAGACCUGUCCUCAUUUCUAAAGAGAACGUGUCGGAGCUCUUGCUGGCGGCCGAUCAGUUCUUGGUCUCGGGUCUGAUAGAGGUCUGCUGUGAGUUUCUGGAGGCGCAGUUACGCUCGGAGAACUGCAUUGGCAUCUGCGGGUUUACAGAGCGUUUCCACUCCUGCUCAGAGCUCCACCAUAAAGCCAAGCUCUUCAUCCUGCAGCACUUUGAGGAGGUUCUGCUCGUGUCUGAGGAGUUCCUGGAGCUCUCGCUGGAGCAGCUUAAAGAGAUCACUGAUAAAGAUGAGCUGAAUGUCAAACAGGAGAAGGUGGUUUUUGAGGCCGUCCUCCGCUGGAUCAGUCACGCUCCUGAAAACAGGAGACAACACAUCGCCGUGCUUCUGCCAAAGGUUCGAAUGGGCUUGAUGUCCUGUGAGUACUUCAUGAACAGUGUAAGGAGCAACACACUGCUGUCGGAGAACAAGGCGUGUUCGGCCAUUCUCGACAAUGCAAUGAAGGCCAUUUUUGACCUCCCUGUUGAGGGAGCCGCCACUUCAGCCCAACUGACACGCCCACGUCUGCCCUAUGAGAUCCUAUUGGCCAUCGGAGGGUGGGACGUAAGCAUUGCCACCAGUAGGAUCGAGGCAUAUGAUGCGAGGGCAGACCGCUGGGUCAUUGUGAGUCAAGAGGAUGGGCGUCCCAGGACCGAUCAUGGCACAGCGGUCCUCGGUGGGUUUGUGUACUGCAUUGGUGGAUUUGAUGGCGAGAAUUAUUGCAGCAGUGUGAGGAAGUUCAACCCCAUCACACACACUUGGCAUGAGGUGGGUCCCAUGUACGAACGGCGAUGUUACGCUAGUGUUGCUGUUCUGGACGGCCUCAUUUAUGCCAUUGGAGGUUGUGAUGGAUACCAACAUCUUAAAACAGCAGAGCGCUACGACCCAAACACCAACCAGUGGACAAUGUUGGCACCCAUGAUUCAACGGAGGAGUGGCGCCGGCGCCACCUCACUGCAGGGCAGGGUUUAUAUCUGUGGCGGUUUUACUGGAGCCGAGUGUCUCUUCACAGCUGAGAGCUUUAACCCUGAAACAAACCAGUGGACUUUCAUCGCUCCCAUGGGCAGCUGUCGCAGAGAUGUCGGUGUGAUCGCUUAUGGAGAUCUAGUUUAUGCUGUUGGUGGUUUUGAUCGUGCCGGUCAUUUGCGAAGUGCCGAGGCCUACGACCCUCUCACUGACCGCUGGCACGAUGUGGAACCUUUGAACAACCCACGCAGCAACUUCGGCAUUGAGGUGUUGGACGAUAAGCUGUUCGUUGUCGGAGGGUUUAGGGAAUCUGUGUUCAGAACCUGCUCUAGUGUGGAGUAUUACGACCAGAGGACGAAAAAAUGGAAUGAGGCAUGUGACAUGAGCACUUCCUGCAGUGCUGUGAGCUGCUGUGUCAUAUCCGGGUUACCCGAUGUCACGCCGUAUGUGGUCAGUCGAGACUCUCUCUGAUUGAACGACCUCCCCUUCCUGAAGAAACAUCAUAGCAGCAGUGACAUGCCACAUGAUCCGAUUAAAUGCAGUUUUACAAAACAGUGUUGGAUUGUGCACUUUAAAGUCAGCAUGAAAUGAAA